AAAACGCAAAAGUUCUUAUUUUUUAAGAGAUCCUUUUAAACAAGAUUACAUCCGUUUUCCAUUUCGAUGCAAGUUUUUCUUUCUGGGGAAAAGUUUCUAAUUUUUUGCGUAUCUGGGGUUUUGCUCUGUUUCUCAGUUUCUUCAGGCUUUCACUCUUCUCAUAGCGCGUAGCUUUCUUCUCAAUAGCUUAACACACGUUGACCGACUUUUUGUUCUCUCUCUCUCGUUCUCAUCGACGAAUCUAGCUUUGCUAAGAAGUUGGGAUUAUCUUUGAUCCAAAUCUCCACAAAACGAAGAAAAAAAACCCUGAUCUGCUAUUACUUACAGAGAGAUGGGUUCUUUCAAAGGCCAUGCCUUGCCAGGUACAUUGUUCCUUGUGGUUGGAGUCUGGCACAUCUGGAGAUCUGUGGUUGGGUUCGUAUUCAACCCUAACUCAUUUCGUGUUCGAGUUUGGCACCCUGUCCCUGGCUUCAACGAUAGGUUCAAGUACUUGGAGCUUUACGUUGUCGCCAUUGGCUCAUUCAUUGACUUGUGCAUCGAGUUCUUCUACUCAACUCAUCUCAAGUUCUUUGUCAAUGGUGUCUUGAAUCCUUCCCACAUGAACGACUUUGAGCAUUCAGGGAUGCUUCUCAUGUUCUUCAUCCUCGGGCUCAUCGCUCUGCUCUCCGAGAAAACGAGGUUGCUGCCUUUGCCACAAGAAGCUCUGUGUCUAAUCGCAGCAACAGCUUUUACAGCAGAAGGUCUUCUUUUCUUCUUCCACUCCACAAGCCACAAAGGUCUUGAAGGUUAUUACCAUCUCCUCCUCGUCUUUCUCAUCGGUCUCUGUGUCAUCUCCUCGAUCGCUGGAGCAGUCUGCCCAACAAGCUUCCCAGUAGAUCUAUGCAAUGGCAUUGCAAUGACACUUCAAGGCCUUUGGUUUUAUCAGACGGCUUUCACUCUUUAUGGCCCUAUGAUGCCUCAAGGCUGCGGUUUGAAAGAGAACUCUGUGGUCUGCAGAUCAGUUGAUUCCGUUGUCUCGGGAGAAUUUCUUGCAAAUUUUCAGCUAUUCUCUUUGGUUCUUGCUGUUCUUGUCUGCGUUGUUGGUUCAUAUGUUUUUGCAGCUUCGAGAUUUGGAGUCAGUAGAUGAGAGCAAUUUUAGGGAGUAUAAUCUAGAUAUUUUUUGUUGUUACUAAGUUUUUGUAGCUUCAAGAUUUGAAGUAGAAGAUGCAUGGGCGGCAUUAACAUAAUCUGACUAUGCUACAUGUCUUAAUCUAAUAAAUGGUUUGGAUAUAUAUAUUUAGGUAAUCAAGUUAUGAAACAAAAUUAAGGAACUUCGAAAGCAUAACCUUUGUAUAUUCUAUUC